UAGAUAUUGGAAUAAUUGAAGCUUAUAAUUGAAAUAUAUGUGAUAAUACAAACGAAGAAAAUUUUUACAAAUGGCAGCAAGCAGGAGAUCCGGACUAAAUCUGAAUUUGGAGUUAGCACAGGUUUAUACAUUACCAAAUUAUAUUCAGGAUGAUACCUACAAGUCGGCAUUACACGAAGCCGUACUUAAUGGCGAUGAUAAGCAGUUACAAAUUUUGGUUAACCAAAAUAUGUCUCGAACAACAAAGACUGCUAAUGGAAACACACCAUUGCACGAAGCGGCGUUACGAGGUUACAGCCGUUCAGUGAGAAUACUUUGUGCAAUACCUGUGGAUAAGUCAAAAACAAAAUGUAAAAAGUCGUCAAAUAAGGAAGCAAAUGAAUCGAUAGUAAUAAAUUUGUUGAGUGUACAAAAUGACAAAGGGUGUACAGCACUACAUUUAGCUGCUCAAAAUGGUCACAACCAAUGCUGCAGAGAGUUACUAAUGGCUGGUAUAGAUCCGGAUAUUCAAAAUUUAUACGGAGACACAGCACUACAUACUGCUUGUCGUUAUGGUCAUGCCGGAGCGACACGCAUAAUACUUUCUUCCAAUUGUAAUCCAAAUAUACCAAACCUCAAUGGAGACUUACCUUUACACAUAAGCUGUGCAAUGGAAAAACGAAAGCUCACACGACUUUUAUUAGAAGUUAAUUGUAAUGUAGAUGUAACGAAUGCUCAAGACGAAACUCCUAGAGAUAUUUCUAUCAGAAAAAAUAAUGGUGAAAUUCUCGAUAUUUUAAGCAAUUGCCAAAAAGUAUCUCAUAAAACCGGCAUUGUGAAGGAAGUUAAUUGGUCGCCAUAUGGUUGUCACUAUUUUCCAGAUCUUCAAUCGUUUCCCUCCCCAAAGCUUGAAACUUUACCAAAAGAACCACUUAAAAAAGGAGAACAGUAUUAUUUAGAUUUAGCUGGACGUAUACGAAAAGGCCCCCAAAGUACACGAAGUACUUGUUAUUGUGGUCCAUUUUUUAAACACAUUGAAAAUGAAAUUAGCUGCAAUAGAAAAGUUUUAAGAAAACUUAUAGUUAAGAAUAAAAAAAAAUUGGAACACAAAGUUCAAGAAUUAGCAACGCAAACUAAUGACCAAGUAGAGAAGUUAACACGUUCAAUGAUUACAGAUCGAAUACGUUGUGAAAAUCGUAGGAUUUUGUUAGAAAAUUGGCAAAUGGGAAAAGAUGAUUCUAUUUUAAUUGCAAAACAUCAUAACAACUGCAAUCUCAUCUCCAAAUUUACAAAUAACAACCGAUCCUCACUAUCGCGAUGUCGAAGUUUAGAUUUACUUCCGGAACACAUAUCUAGUAUAAGUAGCACCAGCGCCCAAAUUAUUUCUAAGAGCUGUAACGAAUUAGAUGACGAAACGAAAUAAUUCUAAUCAUUAUAAAAUUUAAAGAUUAUUUAUAUAUCGUAUAAGUUAAAAUAACUCCGAUUUUAUGUUCAUAACAUAAGCUUAUUCCAACUAAA